AUGAUUUCAAGCUAUCUUCUUCCGAUUGCGUUUUUCGUUGUCGCAUCCGUCUACAUCGCAUCCGCUGAGUCGCUUGAACAUGGUGGUGAGAACAGUACCAGUACCAGUAAUAGUAGUAUGGACAACGGCAACGACAAUCCAACUGAUUUGAUAAGCGAAAUUGAAAUGAACGAAAUGAACAGAAUAUUCUAUCCAAUGCACCAUGGCAUGCAUCAUGGUAUGGGGAUGGGGAUGUGCCCGAUGUGCAUGAUGAUGAGUGGAGUUCAGGGCAACUAG